UAAUGGAAACAGAAAAUCCUCGCAAUAGUUUUCCCAAAUUUUCACGGGCAAAAAUGAUGAAAACAAGAAUAAGUAAAGCUUCUACAGAAUACAUGAAUACCCAAAAAUAGCUUGAGAAGCUCUAGAGAUAGGAUUAUAGAGCUUUCAAGAAAUGAACAAAGGUUCAACAGUCCAUUAGAAGUGCAGAAAAAUAACUUAUUUGAAGAGGUUAAAGUGGGGCGGGCUAACUUUCUCAACAAAAUCUCUACUGGUGUCUACUCGAGAAACCUCAAGGAGACUCCAAGGUAUGCAGGACUAAAAACGGUGAAAUCAUGCCAAAGUAGUCCGAAGAAAUUCAUGUGGGAUACUUUGACAAACAAAUAAAACUUACAAUUUCAACCCUGAGAGAUGUCUUCGGAUAAAAAUCGUUGGGAAAAAUAAAUUUAAAGGCAAAAAGCUCACAACUAAACAGACCAAAUUCAAGAAUUACAUGAGUGAAAUCAGUUCUAAGAUUUCGGGAAUAGAUAAAUCACCUAGAAAAUCCUUCUUGAAACCUAUUAUUAAUAGGUCAAUAAUACCUAAAUAAAGGGGUAAAUCCAAUAAAUUUUCUGAAAAAGAAGGAUGACAACAGGUUAACUCACUUGAACCAUAAGAGUAUCUUCAGGAUGGCCAAUAGGUUCAGGAAAAAUAGCAAGAAAUUUCUUCGUUUUGGAGACAACAAGUCCAUUGCUGAGCUUAUCUCUGAAGAUACGAAUGAGUAUGGAGAAGCUUCAUCAAAAUUGCCUUUACAUAACAUCAGACAAGAUAUGUCUCCUCAAGGAACUAGGGGUGAGAAUCAUCUUUCGUAUAACCUAGAUGUCAGCAGCUCAGAUUCAAUGAGCGAUAGUGAAGAUGAAAAGGCCCAAAUGAAUGAUAUCUUCAUCCCUCAGGAGCAGAUCCUUUCUCAAGGAAUCGAUAUGGAUAUUAUUAAAGCUAUAAAAUAAAAAGGUGAGCAAUCGAGAACUCAAGUUGAACAAUUUGUCAAUAGGAGACGACUUCAUUGUCUCCGUGUCAAAUUUACUAAAGAAGGAUAAUAAUUUGCAGACUAUACAGCUAUCUGGCAACAAGCUUGCAACCAAAGGGGCAAUGGCAGUGAUGAACAAGAUUUCAAAUUCUCUGUAUUUCCUCGACAUUUCAGGAAACCCUGCCAUUAAGAAAGAUGCCUACAAAUUUCUGGGAAGAUAUGUACUGAAAGAUUACAGAAAGAGAAUUACUGAGCUUGAUCUUGAAGGAAAUAACCUUGGAGACGAGUCUCUUCGCAUUGUAUGAGACGGAAUGAAUGGCUACUCUUCAGUCAAGUGUCUUAACCUAAGCUCCAAUCAUAUCACCGACAGCGGUUGAGAGUAUAUAAAAGAAAUGCUAGAAUAUAAUACAUCUAUACAUACUCUUUUUCUUAGUUGGAAUGAUAUCAAGGGUGAAGGAAUUGCUCAGAUUUCGCAAUCAUUAAAAGUUAAUGAGACUAUCAAAGUCGUUGACCUCAGCUUCAACCCUCUUGGGAAUAUGUAUACCCAAAAAUAUAAUGGAAUUCUUGAGUUUAGCAAUGGACUUGGGGAAAACUCCUCAAUUGUCCAUAUUGAUCUUUCCUUCAGUGGUCUCACUACUGAAGAUUGUGAGAUACUUAACGAAGGUUUGAAGAAGAAUAAUGUAAUUCUAGGAAUCCACAUGCUUGGCAAUAGCCGUGGUCUUGAUGCUAAAGGCUUUUUAUCCUCCAAUAUUACUCCACCGAGUGCAUCACAUGUGUACAAAAGAAUAAACAAAUCGCUAAAAGCAGGUGAAAUAGAUGUGAAAGACUUAGAUCUCAAUAUGUCUGCAAACUGAUGGGUCUGAGAAGGAUGGUCUCCAAUGACUUUUAGGUUCAGGAGUGAUAAAUCCAAUCUUCCUCAUUCCAAAUUUAAAUCAACAGAUGAUGUGUUGAUUCAUCUCAGCAUUGAUGAUUUUUAUCCAGAUCUCAUGAAAGAAGACCCAGAAAAUCCAGGAGAAUAUCAGAUCACGAGAAUGGUUCCUUCUAAGCCAAUUCAGUUUUAUUUCAGUGUCAAAGGAGUCUCAAGAUAUCGAGUGGAUAUCGAGAGCAAGUCAGCAUUGGUCUCAAAAUAUCCUGAGCUAAAGAAAAUACAGAUGAGAGGAGAAUCUAUACCUUGGAGGUUAAAUAUUUCCCCAAUAAACACUCAAAAUACAGUAAAAAUAGAUCUUGAGUACUUGAAAUCAAUCAGCUGUCGGCCUAGACCUAUUAUUUACGUUCCUAAAUCAACUCAGAAUCAAGGACCAAAGCCCAAAUUUCAGCAAGCAAAAUCAGUGUUUAAGAAGUUCAGAGUUGAUAACACAUUAUUGCUAGAGAAAUGCUUCGAAUAUGACUGGAGCUGUAGUAAAAUAGAAAAUAUGAUUAGAAAUGAUGACGAGAAAAAGCUAAUCAAGCAAUUUCUUAAAGAAAACUACAGGCUCAUGAGGGAGUGAUAUCGGUACUAUGCUGGAAUGAACCCUUGAGGCAUCCUUCCCUGCAUUGGGCAAAAUGCUUUUAAUGAGCUUAUUAAUUCCACAAAAAUCCUUGAAAAUAAAACUAUGAAACUCAGCGAUAUUGAUUUUGAGUUUAUAGUUACUAAGUCAGGGUAUACAAAAUCAGAAAUGAACCCUGAAAGAUGGCUCGUGCGAUACCAAUUCAUGGAAAUAUUUGUAAGAAUUGCACUUCAUAAAUAUUACAAGUCAAAGCUUGUAGAGACACCUUUUGAAGCUAUACAAGAGUUAUGGACAAAACAUCUCAUUCCGAUAUUUAAAAAAUUUGACUGACAUAAAUGGCGACUUGAACAUUUGUGGAACGUUGAGUGAGACGAGAUUCUUGUGAAGUAUAAGUCAAUUCUACAAGCUUUAUUCGAUCGUUAUUCCGGAAAAUACACCAAGCCUUCAAAACCUAAAUUCAUGUCAGUGGAGGAAUUUAUUUAUCUGAUUAACGACUCUGGAGCCCUGCGUUAUGAAGUAGGCCAUGGUAGUUCUGAAAUCGGUUGUCAGUUUAACCUCUCAAUGAUGACAUACAUCGAUGAAAUUAACACCAAUAAGCAUAUUCAAAUGUUCUACUACGAGUUCUUGGAGGCAAUCUCACGUAUCGCGCACAAAAUAAAGAUUUUUCCAAACAUUGAGCGGUAUCAGAACCGGACUUCAGUGGUAAAACCUACAAAAUAAAGACCAAACUACAAAGAACCAGCCUCUGAAGAGUCUAAACAGAAGUGACUACUUCAAGAAGCUAGAGGACAUGUCUGAUGACGAAGAUAGCAUAAACGAAGCAUAUGAAGCAGAACGAGACACUAGUCAUAUCAUUAAUGUUGAAGCAGAGCCCCUUUACGUCAAGCUUGAAAUUUUAAUCAAGCUCUGAGAAUUUACAAUUCUGAAGAGUAGAAAUUUCUAUGAGAUUUAUGAAGAUUAA